AUGGACGCCGCACGGACAGCUGAGCGGCCCAGAAUAAGUGACGGCUCGCCCACUCAGGGGCCUUACGCGGAGGACUGCCGAAGAAGGUUCUCUGCUGCUGAGAGCGCGGGCGAACAACAGCGCGGGCGAACAACAGCGCGGGCGAACAGCAGCGCGGGCGAACAGCAGCGCGGGCGAACAACAGCGCGGGCGAACAACAGCGCGGGCGAACAACAGCGCGGGCGAACAACAGCGCGGGUGAACAACAGCGCGGGUGAACAACAGCGCGGGCGAACAACAGCGCGGGCGAACAACAGCGCGGGCGAACAACAGCGCGGGCGAACAACAGCGCGGGCGAACAACAGCGCGGGCGAACAACAGCGCGGGCGAACAACAGCACGGGCGAACAACAGCGCGGGCGAACAACAGCGCGGGCGAACAACAGCGCGGGCGAACAACAGCGCGGGCGAACAACAGCGCGGGCGAACAACAGUACAGGCGAACAACAGUACGGGCGAACAACAGUACGGGCGAACAACAGUACGGGCGAACAACAGUACGGGCGAACAACAGUACGGGCGAACAACAAUCACGAGCCGUGGACUGGUGGCGGUGAAUCGGGUCGACAUAACUCUAUGUUCAGCAGCGCUGCUUGGAGCAUGUCAGGUACGUUCACAUGGGACAGAAAGACAAAUUGACACAAUCACUGAGCACAACUUGGUAGAAAGCCAUAAUUGA